UCUUUGAUAUAGGUGUAAACAUUUGGGGAUUUGCAUAAAGUACCUCUGACUUGCAAUUAAGUUCCCAGGAUUAUCAUAGGGCUCUGUGCUGGGUUUCCUCUGCUCCAAUCAGCGGUUUCCUCGCCAACAUCAAAGAGAAGAUUGACCAAUGAGCUGCCUGGUCGCACUGUUGGUGAAGGCACCACGGCUUGUGUAGGCCUAUUUAUGGGUGGAUGAAAGAACUCCAACUUAAUCAGUGACUCGUAUUCCUUUAAUGUCAAUUGGAUUUACUACCUGCCGAUCACUCGCACCUUGGGUUUUGUUCCGAUUACAAUAAAACAAAUCAGUGGAAAAGCUGCUGUAAGUUUUUUUUGCCCCUGUUUGUGUGUUUGGACCCCCCUCUCUGGAGUAAUGAGUGCGACCGAGAGCUGCGCCAAGAACGUACAGUACCGGGUGGAUCAUCUUCUCAGCGCUGUGGAGAAUGAGCUCCAGGCUGGCAGCGAGAAGGGGGACCCCACCGAGAAGGAGCUGAAGGUUAGCCUGGAGGAGCGGGACCUGUGGACGAGGUUCAAGGAGCUCACCAACGAGAUGAUCGUCACCAAGAAUGGAAGACGAAUGUUUCCAGUUCUGAAGGUGAGCAUGUCGGGCCUGGAUCCCAAUGCAAUGUAUACGGUUCUGCUGGACUUUGUGGCAGCCGACAACCACCGCUGGAAGUAUGUGAAUGGAGAAUGGGUUCCAGGUGGCAAACCCGAGCCCCAGGCCCCCAGUUGUGUUUAUAUCCACCCAGACUCACCCAACUUUGGAGCCCACUGGAUGAAAGAUCCUGUCUCUUUUAGCAAAGUCAAACUUACAAACAAAAUGAAUGGUGGAGGCCAGAUUAUGUUAAACUCUUUGCACAAGUAUGAACCUCGAAUCCACAUAGUGAGAGUUGGUGGCACCCAGAGAAUGAUCACUAGCCAUUCAUUCCCUGAGACACAGUUCAUAGCAGUGACCGCAUACCAGAAUGAAGAGAUUACAGCACUUAAAAUCAAACACAAUCCAUUUGCCAAAGCAUUUCUUGAUGCAAAAGAAAGAAAUGAUUAUAAAGACAUCUUGGAUGAGGGAAUCGAUAGUCAGCAUUCUAAUUUCUCUCAAUGUACUUGGCUUAUUCCUAAUGGUGGGUCAUUAUGUUCGCCCAAUCCACACACUCAGUUCGGGGCACCUCUCUCUCUAUCGUCACCUCAUGGCUGUGAGCGAUACUCAUCUCUAAGGAACCACCGCUCAGCUCCUUACCCCAGUCCGUACACUCACAGAAACAAUUCUCCAAACAAUUUAGCAGAUAAUUCUUCAGCCUGUCUGUCAAUGCUCCAGUCCCAUGAUAACUGGUCUACCCUUCAAAUGCCAGCACACACUGGGAUGUUGCCAAUGAGUCACAGCACGGGAACACCACCUCCCUCAAGUCAGUACCCUUCUUUAUGGUCUGUGAGUAACAGUGCCAUCACACCAGUGUCUCAGUCUGGAGGAAUAACUAAUGGAAUAAGCUCCCAGUACUUACUUGGCUCUACACCUCACUACUCGUCUCUUUCACAUGCUGUGCCCUCACCAUCCACAGGAUCUCCAUUGUAUGAGCAUGGAGCACAAACAGAAAUAGCAGAAAACCAGUAUGAUGUCACGGCACAUUCCAGGCUUUCAUCAACAUGGACACCCGUUGCGCCACCAUCAGUCUAAAGUAAAGACCUUGAGGACUCAGUAUAAAAAUCAGUAUUUCCUGGGCCUGAAUUGCUGGGGGUCCCUGGUACAUAAAGCAAAUGAUUGCUGUAGGCCUCCAAAACAACUUAAAGAUGUGCUUAGGCAAGUUAUAUCAGUGUUUACCUGCUUCUAAAGACUUCAUGGGCCCAACCAGGUGUGGGUGGUCUGCUCAGCGGGCCACCAUAUGGAUAUAGAUGCUUAGCACAAAGUGGGGUUAACUUACACAUAUUAAGUGAUUACACCAAGGAUCGUUAUCACCUCUGUAUAUUCUACAUCAUUUUUCUGAAUGUACUGGCAAGGGGUGAUUUACCCAGGAGUCUCUUUUAAAGGGAAUGUAAAAAUACAGUAUUAAUAAGAAGGUCUGCUUCUUUUUUACACUGCCUUUAUAUUGCUAUAAAUUACUUUUAUUUGGGACUGCUGCUACAGACUACACAUUUUUAUUAUAGACAUAUUUUUUUUAAUAUGCCUUAUUAAGUAAAAAAUAAUUUAAAAUGUUUAAAUAAUUUAAAAUGUGGUACUGUCUAGAUUAUGGAAAAAUAUUGGAAGCAGCUUUUGUCUGAAUCUGCUACUUGCUGCCUAAAUAACCACAAACUUCUCCCAGCUAAACUGAUUUGAAAUAUGGUUUCUAAAAAAAUAACGGGGAGAGAAAGUAUGUUAUAUCAUUGUGUAACUGGUAUUGCUGUAUUUAUUUUAUCUUCAUGUUUUUGUGGUAAAUGUAUAUGUGCUGUAAAUAUGUUAUUGUAUGCUGUAAGACAAUCCGAUAAAAGAAAUAUUGUGGAACAGAAAAAUGGAGUCUAUUGUAAUAAAUAUAUCAUUCAGGAUGUUUUCAUAGA